CCUCUCCUUCCCUGAAAAGUUGCCCGGCAGUCGCUGUCAAUUUCAUGCCCGGCUGGUGAUUGCUUCCAUCUUUAAGCCUCCUGACCCUUGCGAACCAGUCAUCCGGAUGAACCUCGUUUUGAACUGGAAGAGGAACUUCUCGAACUUGAACGGGCCAGAAGCAGCCGGGUCGGUACGUUUGUCGUUGCCCGGGUGCGAAUGGCAGAACCGAAGGGGAAACGGCAGAAAACCUGCCUGCCCACCUGCACCUUCCACCGGCCGCUGUCCGGAGCCCAGGUGAAGCAGAACUAUCCGCUGGGUGUGGAGGAGGCGGUCUGCGGGCUCAUCACCUUCUUCUACGAGGUCUCCUACCGGUUCCAGGCUCUGGCGGAGAUUUUUGAACAAGAUGAUGUUGCUCUGCCCAGAGUUGCUGGCUAUUUCCAUAAGAUCACCCAAGAAGAGGAGAAGAACGCGCAAACCUUACUUGACUACCAGACGGAGCGAGGAGGGCACUACUGCCCCAGAGAUAUUCAGAAACCCCGAAGCGAGUCGGUGCGAAACAUUCGCCAGGCGCUGGAGCUCACAUUCCGCCAGUGGAAAACUGCCGCGUCCUUCCUGGAAGAACUCUGUGCGCUGAGCAAAACCCUGGCGGACCCCCACACAGCCAGCUUCAUCAGAAAGCGUCUUCUUGUUCCCAAAAUCGAACAGAUCAAAGUGGCCGGCGACCUAAUCACUAACGCCAACCGACUGGGCUGUACAGACGAUGGGCGGGUCAGCUUUGGCGAGUACCUGAUUGAUCGUCUCCAGGAAGAACUGAAGACUCCCGCCUGAAUCGUUCGGCGGUUUUGCCACUCUCCAAAGACCAAAGAUCGGGACAUUUCUAGUAACAUUGCAUCGAGUUUAGAAAAAAAACAAGCCCUCCCUUUCCUGGGUGAAUGUAUUUUGAGACUUCGAUCAAAAUCUUAAUCCUGUUCAAUAAGAUUCACUUAAGACUAAUGAAAAUGGGUAAAUCUGGUUGAAUAUCAGUGCACGGUAGACCUCAUGGAGACUUCACUGUUACCUGCAAGGGUCACCAAAAUUGGAGUCUCGUCCAAUCUUCCCAAAGAUCACGUUCCUGGGAAAUAUGUGCCUCUUACAAAGCCCAUUUAAAUACAAAGGCUCUUGGUUUCAUUAUUAUUACAAUAGAAAAGAAUGGAGAUAUGAACCUAAUUUUGUUUCAGAUGCGGAUCCAUCCGUUUACACAGACAAGUGUGUUUUUGUUGCAUAUCUUUUAGCCUAUCCUAUCGAUCUGGUCCUCGAUCAAAAAAAAAACAAAAUGAGAUUGUUUUCUGAAAUCUAAACGGUGAUUGUCUCUGGCCUUUGACUCUAUGUGCAAAGGGGAAUACCCCAGUAAAGACCCUAGUAGUCCUGAUGCAGGGUUCCGACCCGAAACGUCAACAAUUCCUUUCCUCCCACAGAUGGUGCUCGACCCGCUGAGUUCUUCCAGCAGAUUGUUUGAUACCCUAGUAAAACCCCGAUACCCAGGACUGUCCUUCAUUCCCAAGUUCGAGUUCUAAUACGGCGCAAGGUAGCAGCAUGACACAAACCCCUAUAAUUGGGCAAAUUUAACGGGCUCUUUGUGAACGGUAUAUACGGUCCUACAGGAGAGAUACAAAAGACUGCAGGUGCCGGAAUCUGGAGUACAUUAGUUGUUGCUCUCGGUCCUACAGUAAUUCUCUUCCGUGGGUCAAUCACUACAUUUCUGUCAACCUUGCUUCUCUCUGAUAGUUUUACUUUGUAUUUCCAUACUUAUUAGAACAAGUUGAUCGCUAGAUAGCACCUAAUGCUUCAGCAGUGCCCUCUUUAAUAAAUGAACUUCCUGCGUGUCGUGCCCUGGUUAAGAUAAAGCCACGCGAUACUCAACACUGCUAAUGGAGAAAUUAUCUUCUGAAUCUUGCGGGGACUACACGAAAGACGUUUUAUGGGGAGAUUAAGUGACAAGGCUUGCUCGGAAAUGGAUAGUAGAUAUGAAAGUAGUGUGCAAUGCUUAGAGGGUGUCCUGGCUAAUCUGUUUUAUUCUUUAAGCGGGCUCGAGGCAUGUCUUUUUUUUUCCGGCACAUUUAGGAGAUCGAUUUCCACUCCUUUAAGUGCAAACAGUUCCAACAUUUGAAUUAUGACACUCCUCUCGCAAUACAUCUCGCUCAAAAAUAUUGGAUUGUGGGAAAAAUUAAUCUGGGUGGGGAGUAAUGUGUGCUUAAAAUCCUCCUCCCAUGACUUCGAUUUCUCUUCCUCGGGACGGUGAUUAUUGGCGAUCUUAUCCCGCUGUCCGCUCUUGGCAUAUGUGUCAGAGGCAGCUAUUCCUGUAGCAGCUCGGGUUGCGUACAGCGUUACUCGAUCGAGUUUGAAGAUUUCGGAAACGAGAAUUAAAAAGUGCAGUUUUGUAACAUUUUAAGAGAUUGAAAUAUUUAAUUGAGGAAUGAACUUAAUUGAGGAAUAAAACAGUUUUGAUACCUAUUUUCUAAAUAUUUUCAUACAAUUUGAGGUAUUUUCACCAUCUUGCAUAACACCCCGUGGAGUAUUUUACAGAUGAUUCUAUUAACUAUGUUGCGGAAUUGAUUCUUUUUCUGUAAGAUUGAGACGUGUGUAUUUGGCUUGGGUUUAUAUGGUUUUAUACUGUUGGAAUCUGUAUCACUCAUUUUCAAUAAAAUACGUCUGCCUGAGUCCAGA